AGUUUGGCUUCGGCACUGCAGAGGGAGGGGGCGGCCCGGCCCGGCCCAACUCUGCCCCCGGCCGGCCCGACCCCGGCCCCGGCCCCCGGACAAACCCUUAUCUGAUUCCAGCUCCGGGUUUAAGAGUCUUGGUCCUGCCUGUCGCACAGCUCCGCUCGCCGCUCCUGCCCUCCCCGUCUGUUCAUCUGUCCCGCUGCCCCGCGACUCAUCUGAGCAGCCACUCCACCUCCGAGCCAAGAUGACAUCGGUUGCUAAGGUCUAUUACAGCCAGACGACUCAGACAGAGAGCCGACCCCUAGUGGCCCCAGGAAUACGCCGGAGGAGGGUCCUCACGAAAGAUGGCCGGAGCAAUGUGAGGAUGGAGCACAUUGCUGACAAGCGUUUUCUCUACCUCAAGGAUCUAUGGACGACCUUCAUUGACAUGCAGUGGCGCUACAAGCUUCUGCUCUUUUCUGCAACCUUUGCAGGCACGUGGUUCCUCUUUGGUGUGGUGUGGUAUCUGGUAGCUGUGGCCCAUGGGGACCUGUUGGAGCUGGGACCUCCUGCCAACCACACGCCUUGUGUGGUGCAGGUGCACACGCUCACUGGAGCCUUCCUCUUCUCCCUGGAAUCCCAGACCACCAUCGGCUAUGGCUUCCGCUACAUCAGUGAGGAAUGCCCUCUGGCUAUCGUGCUUCUUAUUGCACAGCUGGUGCUCACCACCAUUCUGGAAAUCUUCAUCACAGGUACCUUCCUUGCAAAGAUUGCCCGGCCUAAGAAGAGGGCCGAGACGAUCCGCUUCAGUCAGCAUGCCGUUGUGGCGUCCCACAACGGAAAGCCUUGUCUUAUGAUCCGGGUUGCCAAUAUGCGUAAGAGUCUCCUCAUCGGAUGCCAGGUGACAGGCAAACUGCUUCAAACGCACCAGACAAAGGAGGGGGAGAAUAUUCGGCUCAACCAGGUCAACGUGACUUUCCAAGUAGACACAGCCUCUGACAGCCCCUUCCUCAUCCUACCCCUGACUUUCUACCAUGUGGUAGAUGAGACCAGCCCCUUGAAAGAUCUCCCGCUCCGCAGCGGGGAGGGGGACUUCGAGCUGGUGCUGAUCCUGAGCGGGACGGUGGAGUCCACCAGUGCCACCUGCCAAGUUCGCACUUCCUACCUUCCUGAGGAGAUCCUCUGGGGUUACGAGUUCACGCCUGCGAUCUCACUGUCAUCCAGUGGCAAAUACAUAGCUGACUUCAGCCUUUUCGACCAGGUUGUGAAAGUGGCCUCUCCCAGUGGCCUCCGCGACAGCACUGGACGCUAUGGAGACCCAGAGAAGCUCAAGUUGGAGGAGUCAUUAAGAGAGCAAGCUGAGAAGGAAGGCAGUGCCCUUAGUGUGCGCAUCAGCAACGUCUGAUAUCCUGUUCUCUCCUUCCCAGCCCCCUGGCCUUUUCCUCUUCCAGUGCCCUGGGAAAAGGAUACGAUCUGGGUUCGCUGGAGAACCCCGGAAGCACCCACCCUCUACUUCCCCUUAACCCGGCGGCCUGUGAGCAGUCAGGGCCUGCUGGAGUUCUGCCUUUUCCUCUCACUGUCCUCUUGCACCUUCCUCUACUACUACAGCAAUGUACAUGACUCUUACGCCGGUGAGGGGGAAGGAGAUGGAAGAUUAAGCUGACAUGGCUUGAAAGGCCACAGCCAUGCUUGGAGAUUCACAUACAGAGGAUCAUGUGAUUGGGUGGGUAGACUCCCCCCCAAACGCCCACCACUAGAAAGUUUGAUGACUUGAGACUGGAGCUUCCCCCUUCUCUCUUCCACCUAGUAAAGUCCCCUAAGGCAGAACUCUCUCAGAGAGUCACUGCUAUGGUCUCUGCCCUCAGAAGUACAGGGAUGGGAAAUCAGUCUUCCCCGGGCUCUCUACCAACUCCUGAAGAAAGAAGCCAGAGUUUGUCAUGGCGUUUUCAUUUCAGCUGGUAACUCCUGACAGAGCCUGGACUCUUGGUCACCACCUAAUUUUCCCUCUCCACUUCUCAAGUGGAUCUUCUCAGCAUAGCCAGUUCUCUCUCAGCUUGUUUCCGUAGAGCUGGGGUUGACCCGAGAAGCACAAGCAGCUACCUUUCCUGUACCCAUCCUGGAUUCUGAGAAAUUCAAUUUUGGAAGUAUUGUUUAAUACUCCAAAACGUGGGCAGCUCUGUCCUGGAAAGAUUUGUUUUAGUGUUUCCUGGGAAUAGGAAGACCUUAGCCAAUGCUCUCUCUCUCUCUCUUUUUCUUUUUUUUUUUUUCUUUUUUAUUUUUUUCGAGAUAGGGCCUCACUAUGUAGCUCUGGUUGUCCUUGAAUUUACUAUGUAGACUAAGCUGGCCUUGAACUCACAGAUAUCUACCUGCCUCCAUCUCCCAUAUACUGGGAUUAAAGGCAUAAACCACUAUGCCGAGACCCCAAUGUUCUCUUGAAUAAGUCCAGUGCACAGACCCCAUGGAAAUAUCUAAAAACUCUCCAGAUUACACUGUACCAGUUUCGCUGCUUCCUUUCCUCCCAACUCCAGAUCUUCCUUCCCUUAACUCAACCCUUUGAAGUAAGAGAGGGAAACAUAGUCAUUUGCCUUUCUUAACAUCGAUCUAUUAAAACCGGUCACAGAGCACAGAUUCCCCAGGAAAGCUGAACCCACUUCUCAGAUUUCCAGAUUGCUCUACAGGGCCUCUGGGAAUCUGUGAUGUUUUGUUACGGUUUGGGCUGAGGCAGAACUCUGGCUGACAGCCACUAUUUUGAUCCAUCUCCUGGUGCCCUUCUGAGAAGUGCCAGCUAUUUUAUGAGGCAAUGCUGAGAGGAGAGGAACUUAACAUUCUGAUCUCAGCCAUUCUGACACUUGGCAUAAAAUGAUGAAAAUCAGCCCCAUCUCUUCUCUUUUCUGCCUUCGGGCCAGUUCCAGGCAAAUUAGAAAGACAGCUUAAGAUCACACCUAAGCCAUUCCUAGUUCUCUGGUGAGGGUUGUAGCAGGGGCACGGAAGGGGACUUGAAGCACCAGGUCCUGUCCUAGUGAGCUUUGGCUCCACAUGGGUACCCAGGAAAUCUCACAAGGUAGUAUAGCAGGAAUGAUGUAAACUGUUGAUGUAAGGUGGACUUGACAGAUGACAAGUUACACGUCUAUUCAGAAUGUAUGCCUCGAUCUCUGGGCAAAGUCUUGCAGAGAAACUCAGAAGAUUCCAAGGCUGAAUGGAUCUCAACUGUGCAGUCUUUUUACGUUGGUCUUUCCUUGAACUCAAUUAACUGUAGCCUGAAAAUGAAGAGCCUUCAGUCUCUCCUUACUGUAAAGCUCACCAUUAUCCUCCAACUCUUAUCAAAAACAAGAACCAGAAGGACCUGAAUGUCUGAAACAAGGAGCAGAAGGCAAGAGCCAGUUUCUGUGCUUUCAAAUAUAUUCAAUGCUGCGCUUACCUGAUGCAUCCAGUGCGCAAGGACCAAGUGUACUGCUGUGUGUGUGUGUCUUCUUAUCCGGUGGCAAUUUAUCCUCUGUCCUGUUUCUUCUUCACAUUGCUGCUUCCCUCCUGAGGGAAUUAUCCUCUUCCCAGAGCCUUGCCAAGGUCCAACUCUCCUCAGACUCUUGGAUAACAGUGUGAGAGAGCAUUUCCUGCCUUAACCCCUUUUGAACUUCCUCUACAAUCCCAGGCUUUGCUCUAAGUUGCACUUUAAAGUCAUUAACAUCUGUCCUGUUAAUUCAGAAUUCAGAAUGGUACCUUUCUCCAACAAGCCUUAUGCUCUGCAGAACAGCUCCCACUCACAACCCUAAGUGGUUCUUUAGAUCCCAGCCCGACUCUCUGACCUGAAAUCCUUUCUCAGGAUGUAGGACAAGAAAUGGGUUUCCUGUCUGUACCAACUAGAGACUUAGAAUGUCAGGAGAGUAACAGGUGUGCAGAUUCUAAGUGGGAUGGGAGAUUUCAGGUGGGCAAAACGACCAAUGGGGAAGGAUAUCUAGAGUGGGAAAAAAUGCGAACGAUGAGGCUAAAGGACCUAGGGAAAUGAAACCCAGAGUCUUACUUAUGACUGACACACAGGAGGUGGGUGGAAACUUGGGAGACUGGGAUAUGAUAUAUAUAUGUUUAUCUAAGGAGAAAAACAGAGAUAAUAUAUACACAGAUAUGUAUAUAGAUGUACGUAUACCCAAAUAUACGGAAUGUACAGAAAGGAAGUAUUCGGACUUUAACAAAGGGACAAAUACUUUGUCUUGGUUUGGGGGAUGCCUGGAUCUUCUGUGUAUGGUCUGCGGAACAGUGACCGUAGCUGAUGGUGUUAAGUUUGCUUGAUGGAAAAGGGAGGGCUAGACCCUGCCCUUCUCAUAAAUAAAGGCGCAUCUGUCAAGGUUUGAUGAAUUGUGCUGACAGGACAAGAGAAAAGCUAGGAGGAAAUGGGGCAUGGGGAUGCUCCACCCAUGGAGAACUAGGAAAAUCUACUACUCACACUAUCCCUGGCAACAACCUGCCACUGAACAAGUUCUAAAACAAGCAAGCAAGGGAGCAAGUAAGGGAACGAGCAAGCAGGCAAACAAAAGCAUCCUUCCAUUUUCCUCUCUUCUUCCACCAAGGUGGGAGCUGUAGGUCUAGGCCCCAUCAUUAAAACUUAAGAAGCUGAAAUUUUAGUAUUUGGGGGGGGGAGCAAAUGCAAACCCUAGAAUGCAAUGAGGACUGAUGAGCUCUUGAGCUCAAGAUACUCUAAGGCAGAGGCCCAAGCCUAUAUACAAAGAUCCUAAAGAGGGUACUUCUUCUGUCAUAGUCUCAGCCUGGUGUGGAGGCAGGUGAACGCCAUGGCUACAAGGCUCUUUGAUGGAAAUGCAGAAUUCUGCUUCCCUCUUCCCCAGAGGCUGAUGCAGUUCUAUGCGAGGCUUCUGAAAUCCCUAAACUGGGUUUCACUUCAUUCUGGCUGCUCCCUACUGUUCCUCCCACUCUCUGAAACCCACACCAGCUAGCAUGACUAUGCAGGGGUUUCCCUGAGGUCAGCAGAAAAAGAAAAGCAGUCAUAAUGUGGCUAUUAGACAGGGACAUUGCACAUUCUCCAAGGCUUGCUACCACAACCCUUUACCUGUGCUAACCUAGUUUCUUUGCAAAAUAACACAUUACCUAUGCUGUACAGUUAGCUGGGCUUGCAGGCCCAGCAUUGGCCAGUGCUACUGAAGCAGAAGAAUCUAGGGAUGAUUUUUCUACACACUACAUUAAAGACUAAACAAGGUCAAAAAAGAUGUGUGAGGUAUCUUUGGUUUAUUUUUGUCUGUUCAGAACAAACUACUAAAUAAACUGGAUGCAUCUCUUGU